UGUGAGGGCUCUCUCUCUCUUCCUCUCCCUCCCUCUCUCUCUCACACACACAGUCAGAGUGGUGGCACCAUGUCAGAUCUUUAGGAGUUCCCUGCUCCAGUGCCCGUAGCUUUCACUCGGAUGCCGGGCAGAGUGUGAGGUCGGCCGUUUCGGGGAGGUGCAGCUCAGCGUGAGGGACACGUUUGGGGAGCAGUAAGUGGUGUUGAGGGACGGGCUGCCCCACAAAGCCCCCUGUACCCCAGCUCCCUGACAGUGUUAGGCUGCAGGACGACAGGACCACACCAUGAAGUCGCAGCAGAAGUGCAUUGUGAUCUUCGCGCUGGUGUGCUGCUUUGCCAUCCUGGUGGCUCUGAUCUUCUCAGCCGUGGACGUGUGGGGAGAGGACGAGGAUGGAAUCACAGAGGAGAACUGCAGCACAUCCUGCCAGAUAGUCCUGGUGGAGACCAUUCCGGAAGACGUUUCCUUCCCAGAGAACGGCACGGUCCACCUGCCCCUCUCCGCGGGGCUGCACGCGCUGCUGGACCAGGCCGGCCGCUCGGUGGAGAUCGUGUCACCGGAGUGGGCCCUGAGCUCCACCGACCCCGAGGCCAGACAGGCCCGGCAGCUGUUUCAGCGGCUCCAGGGGCUGCGAUCUCGCGGGAUCAGUCUGAAAGUGGCCAGCGACCGCCUGGACUCCGCAGAGCUCAGGAAACUCUCAGAUCACGGUGCGGAGGUGCGGUACCUGAACAUGACGGCUCUGACCAGAGGUCGUUUCCGCUCCUCUUUCUGGGUGGUGGACCGGCGGCACAUGUACAUCGGGAGCGGGAGCAUGGACUGGCGCUCACUGUCCAAGGUGAAGGAGGUGGGGGUGAUAAUCUCCAACUGCAGCUGUCUGGUGCUGGACCUGCACAGGAUAUUCUCACUCUACUGGCAGCUUCAGUACAAGGAUUUCGUGCCAUCAAUCUGGUCCAAGAGGCUGAGCGCUCUGUACAACAAGGAGAAGAUCCUCACGCUGUCCUUCAACAACAGCAGGAAGGCCAAAGCCUACAUGUCCAGCUCUCCUGACGUCUUCUGCCCGAAGGACCGGACGCGGGACAUCGAUGCCAUAUUCCGCAUCAUCCAGGACGCCCGCAGGUUCAUCUACAUCUCGGUCACAGACUACCUGCCUCUCGUCAACAGAAACCCUCAGCGAUACUGGUCACGCAUAGAUGGUGUGCUUCGGGAGGCCCUGAUCCUCAGGGGGAUUAAGGUGAAGCUGUUGUUCAGCUGCUGGAGACAGACCCACCCCCUCACCUUUAACUUUGUGUGGUCUCUGAAGUCUCUGUGCAUGGGAAUGACCAACUGCUCUCUGGAAGCGAAGUUCUUUAGUCUGAGGGACCAGAAGAAUGGAACGUUCCACAGCAUCAACCAUAACAAGUUCAUGGUGACCGACACUGCAGUGUACAUGGGGAGUCUCGACUGGCUGGGGAAUGAGUUUGUGUACAACGCCGGCGUGGGGCUGGUGCUCAGACAGGCCGAGGGGCAGGAGGACCAGGGGGCCACGGUGCUGGGGCAGGUGAAGGCCCUGUUCGAGAGGGACUGGUUCUCCCGCUACGCCAAGAGCCUGCAGCCCAACAAGCUCCCAGACUGCAGCAAGCUCAGGACGGGCCAGUCUGCACUGCCCAGGGUCCAGCCCCAGACCCAGGACCGCAAACAGAAACCCAACACCCAUCUGUGAUCCGGGGGGAGGGCGCCAGAACCACAGGAUAUCCGUUUCCUUAAGUGGCUGAUCUCCACCGGCUGUUGGAGUCAAAUAUCCGAGUCCUGAUACGUGCAGCUCUCUCUGUCAGACCCAAGUCUUCCCUGCUGUGGACCUUCAUCGUGGAUCCAUUGUUUUUUAACCAGGCUGAGGUGCUUAGUUUUAGAGUAUCUUUUUUCUCCUGACAUAAAAGUGAUACGCACAAAGGUCAAACAAAACACCAACAUUUGUAUUUUUCCAAACAUCAUAGACAUACAGUAUGUCUCUUUCAUUGGGAAGAACAUGGGAAGAUGAAACCAAAGGAUUUAGAAACAAGGUUGGGCCUCUCCACCAAGUCACCAUGAAAGAAAUGCACUUUUUACUUGUAAUAUAAAUUAAGCAAAGAUGAUAUGUACCGUGAAAAUGACUGUUGAACAGAGGCUUCUUCAAAAAACGAUGAAUAUGGAAAGUCACACUGGAUAUGCUUUCAUAAGUGUUAUGAAACUGUCACAGAGAAAAUUAAAAAGAAGACUGUACCCACAUAUUCAUUCUCCUGAUAUGACUCUCCACUGGCAAAACUAUUCUGACCAGACCAUGACUAUUUAAGUAAUUUCUGCCACAGAAAAUAUGGAUGAUUAUUAGAAAGCCAAUACUGUCUGUAAAUUAUUCAUUUGUGGCCAGUAACGAGAAUGUAUUUUCAGCUUUUGGGUAACACAAAAUUAAUUUCUGAAUAUUUUAAUAUAUUUUAGUGAGUGUUGAAAUUUUAAAUGUCACAUUCCAGAAUCCUACUGAGUAACAUUUCAAAUCAUUCUGCAAUGUUCAGUUCAAAAUAGUUGAGCUACCUCAAAAACACACACCAGUAUAACCAGUAACACAUUCCAUCCCACCUCCUGUUUCCCCAGGUUUGAGACAAACCCAUCUGUAUAUAGAGGACAUGGAGGCAUAAUCUGGGGGUUCUGAAUACACUCUCACCCUGAAAUGAUCAUUUGGAGACACAGUUCUCCUUUAAAAGAGAAAAUGAUGUUGUUCAUGUUCAAUUAUCUUGAGAAAAUUACGAUGUUCAGUUAUAAUUUCCUCUGUUGUAAUGAAGUACAAUUUAUAUCCAGUCAUAAAGGCACUUGUUAUGUAAUUCUCAAAGUCAUUUAAACUGAGAUUAGAGUUGACAGAAUGCCCUUUUGAGCAUGCCCUCAAGCAUGACCUUUUGUGAAUUAACUGUCUCAAAUGCUCUCCAGUGCGUUUCCUUUUUAGUGCAGAGCCCAGUCCAGGUCUGUGGCCCCUCUACACCCAGAUCAUUUCUAUAAAGUGUAAUGAGAUCAUUUUUCCAACUCUGUACCAAUGUUGGCUUCAGUAGAUUUUACAACAGCACAAAACUCAUCUUUCAGAUCACUUCAUAUAGUAGACGUAGACGUAGUUCAAGAUCAACUUCAGAUCUGGCAAGAUUCAGCAUCAGAAGGGUAUUCCAUUGCACAAGUCAAAACGUAAUCUGGUUCUUGUAUCUUUAAAACACUCAAUCACGACGCAGCAGCAGCAUGCUUGCAACAAUGUACAACAUACCUGUGCAAAACUUUACAAAAGGGAAACAAUAUCACGUAUCCAGGUAGACAGACAUUUUAUAUGUUUUUAUUCCUGUAU